ACCGAGAUAUUUGGCUAACCAUGAGGGUCUUUAGUUUACAAGUCUUUAGCAUUUUUAUUUUUGCUGGAAUCUUUCAAUGUAAUGCACAGGCUCGUUACACAUUUGUGGUGGAGGAAACUACAAUCACAAGACUUUGCAGCAAUAAUACGAUCUUGACGGUGAAUGGACAAUUUCCAGGACCAACGCUCUAUGUAAACAAAGGCGACACAAUCAUUGUAGACGUUAUAAAUAAGGGCAACUAUAACAUCACUAUUCACUGGCAUGGAGUGAAGCAGCCUCGGAAUCCAUGGUCAGAUGGUCCUGAAUGGAUCACACAAUGCCCUAUACAACCGGGGGCAAACUUUACUCAGACGAUAAUAUUUUCAACUGAAGAAGGGACUCUUUGGUGGCACGCUCACAGCGACUGGGCUCGAGCCACAGUUCAUGGUGCUGUAGUAAUAUAUCGCAAGAAUGGAACCAGCUAUCCAUUCCCAAAACCUGACGUCGAAGUUCCCAUUAUAUUAGGAGAGUAUUGGAAGAGCAAUAUUUAUACUGUGUAUGAUCAGUUUCUUCAAUCCGGAGGGGAUCCAAAUGUUUCGGAUGCAUACUUGAUCAAUGGUCAGCCUGGUGAUCUGUAUGCGUGCUCAAGUCCAGGAACAUUUAAGCUAACUGUUGACUAUGGGUUGACUUAUCUUCUCCGGAUAAUCAACGCUGCCAUGCAAGACCUUCUUUUCUUCGGCGUUGCGAAUCAUUCUCUGACGGUGGUUGGAUCAGACGCCAGCUACACGAAGCAAUUCACGAGCAAUUACAUCACAAUUAGCCCUGGGCAAACCAUUGAUGUUUUGUUACACGCUAAUCAAACGCCUGAUCAUUAUUAUAUGGCUGCUAAAGCCUAUUCCAGUACAGUUAAUCUUUCCUUUGAUAACACAACCACCACUGCUAUUAUUCAAUACAGUGGAAAUUACACUCCUUCAUCAACUCCCCCAUUGCCCAGUCUUCCUCUUUAUAACGACACCAAUGCCUCGGUGAAUUUCACCGGAAGUCUUCGCAGCUUAGCCAAUCAAAAUCACCCUAUUAAUGUCCCAAAGAAUAUUACUCACAAAUUCUUUUACACACUUUCAGUGAACGCAUUUCCCUGCGCUAACAAUUCAUGUUCCGGACCUAACGGGACAAGACUUGCUGCUAGUGUAAACAAUAUAAGCUUCGUGGAUCCACACGUUGAUAUACUACAAGCUUAUUAUAAUAACAUCAAUGGCGUUUAUGGAACUCGAUUCCCAGAUUUUCCACCACUGGUAUUCAACUACACGGCUACGUAUUUGCCACUAUAUUUAGAGAUAUCACAACGAGCCACUGAGGUGAGAGUCCUAGAAUAUAAUUCUACAGUUGAGAUUGUUUUUCAAGGAACAAAUGUUGUUGCUGGGGCAGAUCACCCCAUGCAUUUACAUGGAUUCAGUUUCUAUGUCGUUGGAUCGGGGCUCGGAAAUUUCAACAACAUUACAGAUCCAUUGAAUUAUAAUCUCGUUGAUCCUCCUUUGCAAAACACCAUUGCCGUCCCGAUAAACGGAUGGACCACCAUUCGAUUCAGGGCAAGUAAUCCUGGAGUUUGGUUCAUGCACUGCCAUUUAGAUAGACACAUGAGUUGGGGCAUGGAUGCGGUGUUUAUAGUGAGAAAUGGUAACACAUCAAAUGCACAACUGUUACCUCCUCCAACUAUGCCACCAUGUUGAUUGUUGAAGCUUAAUCUUAUCUUGCUCUACGAUGAAAUUCGACAUUUAGUUUAUCGAGCAUUGGGUUCAUAUAUUAUUUCACUAUUUUAAUUUCAAUAAUUUUACAAAAUUGAAUUCUCGCAAAUCUUGUGCGAGCAUUUGAAAUUGUAAAGAGUUGUUUGACAUUUUCUAUGUAUUCGAUUUUAAAUGUGUUCUGCGUUGAGAACAAUUGUCAAUAGAUUUCAAUUCACUGUAUAAUUUCUUUAGAAACAAUAUAAUCGUUGUUAAGUAUA